GCCGGGCGCAUGCCGCUUUUGUCAACAAUGUUGACUUAGUGUUUUGGUGUAGGUUUAUACAGGAUUAGCGGUGUUUUAGGGGCCAGCAUCAGUGAUGACAUCAAAUACUUAGUGAAAACGUUCGUGUAAUGUUUAUUUGCUGUGCGAGACGUUAUGUUGUGCCUUACACGCGUAUUUACUUGGACCUACACUUCGUCCUCAACAUUAUUUGUUCAGUGGAAAGGAAUUUUGGUGAGGACUGCAAUCGUGUAUGGAGUAACUUUCCUCCUGGUUCUUCCCCUGCUGUGCCAAAAUUUGCCAUAUUCAGUAUACUUUGUCACACCCAGGGAUGUUGAACAGAAAGCCCUCCAACUCAACCAGUACAGGGUGUCCGAUGCUGAAAAGUAUCUGGCGACACUGGCAAAAAAUGGCCCGUCCAAGGCACUUCCCAAAGCGGGGAGCUUACGAAUCGUCGUGGGGGUCAUCAGCGUCUCUCGUAAGACCAGAACCUUCAGCACACAGUAUCUCACACAGGUGAUGGCGGGCCUGCACAAGAUCAUUGCCAGGCACGGAGUUGAGGACGAGGUCUUUACGUUCAUCUGCACCACCCAGAAGGCUGGACGGAGCCACCCGGAGGCAGAUAGGCUAGCGGGUUACUUCCAUGUGGUCCGGUUCCCGCUGGACCGCCCGAGGCACGACGGCUGGAGGCACGAGGAGGAGAAAGAGGGCUAUACUUUCUGCUUGGAAUCGGCUGCCCGGUUUGACGCCAAGUAUGUCCUGCUGCUGCAGGAUGACGCCCUCCCACGUGCAAACUUCUACGAGGUCCUGGACCACCUGCUGCGUCACCGCCUGGAGAGGGCAUUCGCCCAUGGGCGAGCCGUGGUGGGCCCGGAUGACUGGGCCUGGCUGAAGCUCAACUUCCCCAACGAGCUGGCCAACUUCCAUCGCAGCCCCUUCUUCGUUGGCGACUGGGUGGCGCUGUCACUUGUCUUAGCCAGCCUCGUCACCAUUACGUUCCACUUCUGCUCAGGACAGCUGUCAUCAUCACCCAUCGCCAACCAUGCAUUGGAUCAGAAGUCCCGAAGGCGCGGCCACCUUGCCACCUCGUAUUGCAUCUUCCUCGUGAGCUUUGCCUACUUCUUUCUCGCCUCCUGGCUCAUCGGCCGGCCGUACUUCUUGCAUCUCUAUGGCCUCUCCAAGCACUUCGCCCGCCUGGACCCUGGCACCUCCUGCUGCCUGCCGGCAGUCCUCUUCCCCCGGGAGAGAGUGGCAGGCCUUGUGAAGUACCUGGAUGGAGUGACAUGCAAGCCGGGGUUCCCUCUGGACUUCGCCCUGGAAGCGUUCAGGGAGCAAGAGAGCCUCAGACAGUACCUCGUGGUACCCAAUCUCUUCACGCACAUCGGGUACUACUCUGCGCUGCACACUGGCACCAACAGGCAAUCUGCCUACGCUUUCCUAGAGGAAUUUUCAUAUCUUCCACCCUGAGCCGCCUGACCCAUACACUGCAAAAUUCACCAAAGACCGGAGAGCUGGCAAAGAAAUCAGGAAGGUACAGCCCAGCCACAUGGAACGUGAUACCCUUGAAAGCUGCAGUCCAAAAUUGGCCAAAGAGUUUUUGCGUAGACCAACAAGAAUUCAUAGAUGAUGCAAUGUAGUUACAAUUAUUUCUAGCCAUUUUGGUUGGAAGUUUGCUUAUCUUCCAAAGUCUUAAGUGAUGCAUUAAAUUUAUGUGUACUUCAAUUUCCGUAUAGUCUUUGUGCAAGACGCUACUGUUUGUAAUCACAUAAUCAUGCGAACGUACAGCACAUGAACCACUCUUUUCACUCACAAACUGCCAUCACAGCAGAGGUGUAAGAAGUCUACAUUUAUCUGCUCAGGUAAUUCAGAACACGCUACUGUGUCUCUGAUAGUGAAAUAGCAGUUCAUGCGCUACGGCGUUUCCUGUAGAACAGAAUUGCGCGUGUAAUCCACUCCGAGCAGGAACAAAAGAGGGCAUGUUUUGAAAUGAAAUUGACAGUCCUUUGGUACUCAUGCACCGUGCAGGUGCACAAGUUUAUAUUUGACACGGAGUACUCUGAGUACGCACAACAAAUUUAGCCUAGAAUGUGUGGUCUUUGCUUGCACUGUGAACACGUGCUAGAACCCGGUCGGAAAACUUAUCACCAUCUGUCUUUCUUUUAACGGUGAGGGUGCACUUCAGCUCAGGCCCGAUUAGGCCUAGGCUGUACGCCAUGCUACUGCUGUGUGGAACUCAAAGAAUUCAAAUUUUUAAGUUCGGCAUGGCAAUAGCAUGGCGUUCAGCACAAUUCGGACUGGCAAAUUGAAUUCGGCACUGCAAGCAUUUUAGCUUGACAGGGUAUGGCAUGCUAUCAUCGUUUCAAAUGGUAGUGGCACCACGCUGCUGUAUUUAGGUUCUGCGUUUAGCGCAGCCACCGCGCUCAUUUUAUUGAAGUUCGGAAGGGCGGUAGCAUGGCGUGUAGUCUUGGCCUCAUUGUUUUCUUUUGGUGAUAUUAAAUUACAGCCACCAGCGCCUUGCAUUGAGACUAAUUUAUUUCCAAGUAAGGCAUUCAGCCCGCUUCAUGUACUUUCAUCAUUGUGGUUGUACCAGCGUCCUCGGCUAUUCUUGACAGUUUCCCCCAACUGAAGUUACAGAUGGUAGUCCCAGUUCUGAAAUGCCUUUGUACGUGUACAUGUAGACAGAGUUUUAGGGACUGUGUACACCAGCUCAUGUUGAUUAACUUGGUUUAUCACUGUUCUCUGUUGAAGGGGCCCUUGAGUAUGUUUUUUAUUAUCUAUCAUUUUGGGUUUUUUUACAAAGUGUCUUACAAAACUAAUUCAAAUUGCAUGUACAUAUUUGUACAGGUAAAAUCAUGUGCAAAAUUGGCCUUAACUAUUACCCUGUUCAAAUUGUACAUAUUUUGUAAGGAUACAUGUAUGUCAUUGUACAAAUUAGCUUACGUAAUUUUAAAGAAGUAUUUUUUUAAAUAUAUUUCCGGAUAAUGCAAUCACUGCAGAGUGUAAUGUUUGAGAUGUUGACAAGAAAUGCUGCUUUAUCAAGAAAUACUGCGAUCAGUGUUUAUAGCCCUGUCUGAGUGUCUAUCUUUGGAUCCAACAGUUGAGCAUUACUUCAGUUGGGAGUACAAAUCCCACUUGCAGUAGGACAUGGGUACGCCCAUGUGAAUGGAGUUUACCAUAGCUAAUAUAGGCCAUGUAUACCUCGGCUUAUUGUACUUCAUUUUUUAUGGAUUAUAUAAAAUGUACACGUACGUGUGGUUGACUGGAACCAGUGCUUGUAAAGAGUGUUGUAUUUGAGUCCAUCACAAGUCCUUUCACGAGGUUAGUCUUAGGGCUUGAGGGUGAUCAUGACGAGAAUGCAUUUCGAAUAGCGUAUGAAUUGGCUUAUUAUUAGACUGAAUGACUUGUGAUGGACUUGCAGGGACUUGUGAUGGGCUCAAAUACCACAUUGCUUUUAAAGCCGGUAGUUUAGUGUGAAGUAUUUUGGUUACAUGUUAUCUCCUUGCAAAUUGCUGCACUAUGCUCUGAAAUGAAGUAAAUACCAAAUUACUUUGAAUUCUCGGGGUGAACAAACAAGUUUUAAGUUUGGAUUGUUAACCGAUUACUGAAUUUUUAUUUUUUUUUCUGAGUGUGCAUAAAUGGUUUCAAGUACUUACCCCCAAAAGAUGACACGUACCUCCUAUAAUGAUCGCAUAUUGGUCACAGGAUUAAAGAGACGAUAAUCAUGAUAGAAAUUUAUACACAAGUACUUCAUAUCUGUAAUUAACCGUAGUCCUGAAACCAUAGCCCUGUUUGUAGAUAUAUUUGGAGAAAGUCAUACAUACACAAUAAAGGCAUGGAGAUAAUUCUUGCGA